UCAUUAAAGUCAUUUUGCAAACGAUCGUCCCCGAGUACGGAUUACUGUUGCUCGAUCGCGAGUGAGUCUGUGUGAAGAAGAAUAAGAAGAAGAAGGAUUAUCAUUGCCCCCUGGAUUUGUGGUGCGUCGUCCGAUGUGUGUAUUUUUUUCGAGUGAGUGACUUUUCGCAUCCUUCGACGCAGGAUUAAAGAAGUGCGAAAUUAUAGCGAGAAAAGAAAGUUUAUUGGUUCGAGUAGUGCCUGAGUGUUUGAAGAGAACGAUUUUCACGAAGAGGAGUAGAAGCAGUUUACAAGCGGGUAGAGGAUAUCGAUAUGCGAUUCCAGAGAACGUGGUUGCUGGUGGCCGGCCUAGCCGUCCUACUGGCAUGUUCAGCCGAGGCCCAACAGCAGCAGCGCCGACUGCGGGUACGCCCACGAGUGCUACAACCCCAGCAGAGCAGUGCCGAGUAUGACAGUGCGGAAGAGGAGCAGGAUAACCGGGCCCAGCAAGCUAUCCAGUACUACCGAGCGCAGGCCCGCGAGGAUGACGAAGAUCCGCGCCAGUUGGUUCUGGUGGCCAGCGAAGACGAGUACAACGGUCAGUACGGUACACCGACCCCGAGGGCACGUGCCGACACGUACCGGCCGGCAGUGAAAGUGACCACGGCUGCUCCUCUGUCACCGCGCAGUAAGGUUCAGGAAGCACGGCCACCACCGGUGCAGACGAUCCGGAAUUAUAAUAAGGUUAAUGAUGAUGGUUCGUUCACUUUUGGGUAUGAAGCCGCUGAUGGUUCGUUUAAGGAGGAAACUCGCGGUACCGAUUGUGUGGUGCGUGGAAAGUACGGUUAUAUUGACCCGGACGGUAACAAACGGGAGUUCACGUACGUAUCUGGAAACCCGUGCGAUCCGAACAACCCUGAAGGUAGUGAAGAAGAGGAGAAAUCCGAGGAAGAGUCCAAUGAAAAUGUUCCACAGAACUAUCCACGGAGACCGGCAGUUCCUCGACCGAUUCCAACGCGUCCUGCGCAAACCACUCCUCGUCCAACGACGACUGUUUUCCAGAACAACUACAACUCGGGUUACAAUGAGGAAGAGUCGGAGGAAGAGGUCCAAAUCGGACAGCGAGUUCGUCCAGCUGCUCGUCCAUUCGCCAACCAGCAGCCCCAAACAGUAACACAGCGACCUCGUGUCCAAGUUAUCAGCACGACCCCCAACAAUGCCUACCACACACCAACACAAACCGUCCCGGUGAACAUCACCCCCAAACCGGUCUACCGGCUAGCUCCCCAGAACACGCUACAAACUCAGCUACCACCAACAACUUACCGUCCGGACACGACCACCCCAGUCAGUGGCUUCUUCUCAACCACCAAGAGCAGCGGAAACCUGGGCGGAACCCGACAACCGCUAGACUUUGACGCCGAGUUCAAACGAUUCCAGCAAGACACCAAAAUCCCCUCCACAACUCCAGCCAGACCGGUACAAUCAUCCACCCCGAAACAGGUCACCAACAACCCCAUCUACCAGACCCAGUUGGUGUACGAUCCGCAGACGGGUCAGUACGACACUGCCCUCUACCAGCAGCUCCCGCAAGGCGACGGUGAGUUCCAGCUGAACCAUCGCAUCCAACCGUACGUCCAGCAUCAGGUUCAACACCACCAGCAGCAACCCCAGCUAGUCAGCCUACAGCAGCUGCAGCAGCAGAGUCCUCUGUAUCGCAGCCAACCACCUCAACCCGCUCCGGCUCAGGUUCAGAUCCCUCAGCAGAUCUAUCAGAAACAGCAGAACGAGCUGCAGUUCCUGAACAGCCAGCAACUGUUCGCCCAACAGUUGGAACUCCAGCAGAACCAACUCCGUGCCGAUCGGUUGGAAGCUGCCAAGAAAGCUCAAGGUCCACCCCAGCAUCGCUUCCAGGCGUCCAGCCCCCAGGUUCAUCGCGUUCCGCAACCUCAGCAGCAGUACUACUUCGUCCAACCGCAGGGUCAUUCCGGUGGACAGAUUGAGGCGUUCCUGCGGGGUCACAACAUUGAGUACUAAGUCCCUUUCCUAUACCUAACCGUCCCCCUCUUGUCCCCCCAAAAAAGAAAAACUCUCAGCACUCUGACCCGUCCCGGGGGCCUAGAGAGUGUUUUGUCUAGUUUUGUAGUCUGCGAAGCGAAGCCAUCUACUUUUUUUUAUUUGUUUAUCUCGAGUUAAGGAUUAAUUUAAAGCUGAGUUUCUGAUCCCGGUCCCAAUCCUAAUUUAAGUUCUAACCCCCUCAUCAAUCUGCUCAGCUGGUCAGCUCUGUUCGCGCUCGUUCGAAUCGUUACGUAAGACUUUGGAAUAGUUGAACGAAUGUCAGUCGUUUGUCGCCGCAACAAAAAAAAAAAGAACGAACGAAAGCGAAAUGUUUUAGUUUUCUACUAGGUAAGUUUGUAAGAAAAAAAAAAUAAUUACUUUGUAAAUAAGAGUUGGAUUUUGGGCCCGUCGCCGUUCGAAGCAAAAUCAGGAGGAAAGGUCUAAAUAUAUCAGGUCCCAGUGGUGUGACAGUUUAGCCACGCUGUCAGUUGCUUAGCUUGGGAGUGAACCGACAAAAAAAGAGGAAAACUUUGGCGGCGGGUUUUCUUUUGUUGUUUUUUUUUUCGCGCAAAAAAAUGUAAUAAUAUUUAAUGACAAUAAAAUAUACACGAAGAAAGAAAAAAUGGUACGGGCGUGGUACCGUUCGCGCUUGGGUGUCCAUCAGUUACGCACCAUUCCUCUGCCCCGUUUACUCUUGUUUAUAGGUUAAAACCAUUAUGGAGGAACAAAUGCCAAUAUGAAAUUGAGUAAAUAAAUGAAAAAGAUGUUGAAAAUUAA